UUACCUUUUCAUCAGACAGCCCAUUCUAGCGGGGAAGCCGUUAACUGCUUCAGUUCCUCAUCCAUGCUGUCUGCAAAGCCACCAGAUUCAAUUAAGAAAAACAGUAAUUUUAACUCGCUGAACACAGGAGCUGCUGGUCUACUCAUGGUUCCCGCGCUGGUGUUAAAAAGUCUUAAAUCCAACAAUCCAAUUUUUUAAUUUUUAAUUUUUUUAAUUUUGGUUAUUAGGUCUAAAAAAUUAGGUGUUGGUCUUAAAAAUGAGAUUAGCUCUCUAUUGUGUUAAAAAUGUUUAGUGUUCUCGCGGCACUUGCUUAGCUAGCCAGCAUUCCUGCUUGCUGCAGAAUCAAGUGACUCCCUGACCACGGCUAGCCUACGCUGCGCCGUGGUAAAUAUGCGUUUAGUUUGAGUUGGUUAAACGUAGACUGUCGUUUGCUCCAUUUAAGAGCUUCUAACUUCACUUUGUUUUGAGUUUCCAUGCUCGCUAUGUAAUUUGAGAAGCCAUGGGCAAGUGUAGGUUUAAUGAGCUGUGGUUAGAUUAAAGAGCGUGUAGGUCCUGGUUAAAAGCAGCGGAUGGGAAUCCGCACGAAGCCCGUUGCACUUUGUGCAAAACAAAUAUUCAACUCGGAACAUUAGGGGUAAAGGCUCUGGAAUCGCAUGCGAAGUCCUCGAAACAUGAGACCCAAAUAAGAGGUCUGCAACACACCAGACAACUCUCCUCCAUGCUUCCUCCUUCGGGGGACCCAGUGCCUGCAGCACCGGCUCCGCCUCCAACCUCCCAGCCACCCGCUACCGCUACCCAGCCUCCCGGUACCUCUACUCGGCCUCCCGCUACUCAAGAAAGAAUCGACCUUGCGCUGGGAUCCACGCCAACACUGGUGGCACAAGUGGUGUGGACGCUGGAAACCGUAGUUAAACACCAGUACUAUAACAGCAACGAAGGCAUAGGGAAGCUUUUUGCCCACAUGUCCCCCAAUUCCGACAUCGCGAAAACAUUUGCAUGUGGUGGUGAUAAGACGGCUUAUAUCACAAAGUUCGGUUUGGCAGAAUACAUCAAGAGGGAUCUCGUCGCGAAAGUCAACAACGGACUGUUCGUUGUUAUGUUUGAUGAAAGUUUGAACCAGGUGACCAAGACCAAGCAGCUGGACAUACAUGUUGGUUUCUGGGAUGAGGGGGAAGUCCAGUCGAGGUACCUGGGGUCCCAGUUCAUGGGACAUGCAACCGCGCAGGACUUGCUGGAGUGUAUUGACCAGCUCCAUCUAAGGAGCCUGGUCUCUGUGUCGAUGGAUGGUCCCAGUGUAAAUUGGAAAUUCUUCAACCUUCUCCAGGAGGAGCAGGCUCAUCUCCAUGGAGGUGAUGUUAUACUGGAGCAGUUCACUGUUCUCCUGUCCCUUGAGGGGAAAAGUGAGGAGUUCCACUCUUUCCAACCCAUGCGAAAGAGAGUGGACGUCUUCUUGUGUGAUGUCCUCAGCAAGCCCUACCCUGACCUCUGGGCUUUUUGCCAGAAGCUGCUCAUCUUGUCCCAUGGUCAACUGUCUGUCGAGAGAGGCUUAUCGGUGAACAAAGAGGUGGAGACAACCAACAUAAUGGAGGACACUGUUGUUGCUCGGCGGCUUGUGUGCAACUAUGUCGCUCUACACUGAGGUGUUACUAAGGUGCCACUCACUAAGGAGCUCCUGAAGUCUGUGGAAGGAGCUAGGACCAGGUACUGUGACUACAUUUCAGAGGAGAGAAGGAAGAAGGAGUUAGAAGCGCAGGCUCAGAAGAGAAAGGCUGCAGAGGACAACUUCGAGAAACUAAGAACGAGAAAGAAAACCAUCCUAGAGGUGUGUCAAGGUCUGGCCAGAGAGGCUGAUAAGUCAGUAGAAGAG